AUGGAUAGUAUCGAUGAAGACUUAUCAAAGAAUGAAACUCCUGAAAACCCAUCUGAUGAUUUGACAAUUGAUGAGAGUGCUGCAAUUCGGCUAUACACAGUCGAAUGGGAACAACCGCAUCGAAGUCUCUAUUCAUUGCUCAAUCAAACUCUAAAAGGUGGCAAUCGCGAAGAACUUCGACCUUAUUCUAAGUAUCUAAAGUUAUUAUUAACUGCACUUGUCAAAAUUCCAUGUGUUCCACCGUUAACUAUUUGGCGAGGAGUUACAAGAAAUUUGAGUGCGAAAUUUCCACCUGGUACCGAAGUAACAUGGUGGUCAUUUUCUUCAUGUACAACAUCACUAACUGUGCUGGAGAAUAACAUGUAUUUGGGUACUACAGGUGUAAGAACACUAUUUUCUGUUGAAGCCAUUAAUGGACGAAAAGUACGAGAUCAUUCACAUUUCGUUACGGAAGACGAAAUUCUUCUUCUACCAGGUACUCAUAUGAUAGUGCAAUCACAAUUGAGUCCAGCACCUGAUCUUCAUUUUAUUCACUUGAAACAAGUCAUACCGAAACAAACUUUAUUGGAACCUCCUUUCGAAGGUGCACAUCUAUAUCCAGAAUUGAAAUAUCCAUGGUAUAAAAAGAAGCAAUUUUUCAUACCAUUAUCUUUAUUGAUAAUCUUAUCGAUCGGAGCAAUUAUUAUCGGUUCUGUCCUUGGAUCACGAAAAAACGACAACAUACCAAUAUAUCAAUGUAUGGACCCAUAUUCAUCACCAGCGACCUCGGGGACUGGAAAAUUACCAGUUGCUAUAGUUUUUGGGAAUUUCCAACGUGUCAACCAAAUCGAUUUGGCAGUGCUCAACUAUGAUGAGCAAAGUGUCGAUAUACUUUCUGGUAAUGGAAAACAUGACUAUGAGACUGAAUACCGAUAUAUGACAGAUUCUGCACCAAGUUCUGUGUUCAACGUUGAUCUAAAUAAGGAUGGACUCCCGGAUCUUAUAGUAACGAAUGGAAAUGAUGACACUAUUAGCGUCCUAGUUGAUAAUCCAGACAAAACAUUUCAGAUUUCGAUCCAAUAUCCUGUUGGUGACGACCCAAUAUCCACUACAGCAGGUUAUUUCAAUAAUGAUACACAAAUAGAUGUAUUAGUAGCAAACUCUGGCGAUAACACGGUUAACUUGUUGUUAGGUGAUGAGGAAAAUACAUUUUCUGAUAUUCGAAUUAUUUUCGAUGUUGGAUCGAAACCUGUCUUUGUCAUAUCAAAUGAUUUUAAUAAAGAUGGAAAACUCGAUUGGGCAGUUAUUAAUCAAGGUAAUAACACUGUCAGUGUGGCACUUGGGUAUGGGAAUGGAAGCUUUGAGAACCUACAGACUUUUAGCGUUGGUACGAUGUCAAUCUCUAUGAUAUCUUAUGAUUUCAAUAAUGAUGAGAAACCAGAUUUGGCUGUGGCAAACUACACUGUAAAAAAAAUAGGUGUUCCACCAAACUUUAAAGGUUUCGCAAUGGUUUUCGAAACCAUUUUAAGUUUCGUAGGAUGAAAAAGGUUUCGUACUCUUCAUACUGAACCUUUUUAAGUUCCGAAAACCGACGAAGGUUUCGAAGUUUCACGAUGAAACCCUCCUAGAGUUUCGUGCACUGUGUACUGAACUUUCGGAGGUUUCGUAUGUUUCGUACGAAACUGUUGAGAGUUUCAUAGAGCAUCUAAAGGUUCCGUGGUAGUUUUACGAAACCUUUCAUAGUUCCAUAAGUGCUCUUAUGGUUCCGAAGAUGUUGCACGAAACCAGCCGUGGUUUCGUAAAAGAUAUACCGAACCAUUACAUCGUUUACAAAGCUAUGAAUAGUUUCGUACAAUUUAUACUGAACCUUUUGAUGUUUUACGAAACCUCAGAUAGUUUCGUGGAAUAGACAAAGGUUCCGUAUAUCUUAUACGGAUCUACGGAAAGUUUCGUAAAAUAUCAAAAGGUUCGGCAUGCACUAUACGAAACUGUUCAUAGUUUCGUAAAUGAUGUAAUGGUUCGGUAUAUCUUUUACGAAACCAUGACUAGUUUCGUACAAUCUUUCCGUAAUUAUUAGAGCACUUAUGCAACUAUGAAUGGCUUCGUAGAACUAAUACGAAACCUUUAGAUGCUCUGCGAAACUGACAAUGGUUUUGUGACAUAUAUACAAAACCUUCUGAUAAAUGACGAAGCUCUUAAUGGUUUCGUAUAAAAUAUACGAAACUAUUAUAUGCAUUUCGAAACUAUCAAUGGUUUCGUAAAAUGUCUCCGAAACCUUUCCAACAUUUACGAAACUAUGCAUGGUUCCGUAAAGAUAUGCCGAACCAUUGCAUCAUUCACGAAACUAUCGAUGGUUUCGUAUCACGUAUACGGAACCUUUAGAUGCUUUACGAAACCAUCAAUGGCUUCAUAUAUUUUGUACAGAACCAUAAUAAAGAUUGUGAAACCAACAACAGUUCCGUACAAAUUGUACGGAACCAUUUUACUACUUGCGGAAGUAAGGGUGGUUUCGUACAAUGUAUACGGAACCAUUUUACUACUUGCGGAACUAAUGGUGGUUCCGUGUUCUAGGUACAGUACCUUUAGGUGUCCUACGAAACCGUAAAUGGUGUCGUAUAUUGUAUGCAGAACCAUAAUAAAGGUGGCGAAACCCUCAAUAGUUCUGUACAACUUGUACCGAACCAUUUUACUGCUUGCGGAACUAAGGAUGGUUUUGCGUUUCAUAUUCGGAACCUUUAGAUAUACUACGGAACUAUCAUUAGUAUCGUAUAAUGUAUAUGGAACCAUAAUAUAGUUUACGAAACCACCAACAGUUCCGUACAAGUUAUACGAAACCAUUUUACCCCUUACGACACUAACGGCGGUUUCAUAAUGUAUAUACGGAACGAUUAUAGGUUUCGUACAUUGUUUAUGAAACCAUUAUAUAAGACUUAUAAAGUUGUCAGAAGCUUCGCAUAACAAAUGCAAAAUGUUUUGGUAUUCUAGAAAGCCGAUCAUGGUUUUGUUGGUUAGCUAAACGCUCCAUUCCAUUGCACGACAUCAAUGAUAGUCUCGCAAAAUACAUUAAGCUUUAUCAAUUUUCCCAUAGAGACUGUUCAAAUUCUAGUAAGCGAUGACAGGGUCGCUCUGCUUCUCUUGAAAGCAUAUGCCAUAAUGAAUACCAUCGAAAAUUUCUUACUUAUUCGUUUGGCUAAGAACGUUCCGCUGUUCGCUAUAAUACUUUAAUAGAGAACACUCAUCGACACAAUAAAGCUUAUUAGCGAACAUUGGAGGUAUAAGAAGGGAAUAUUGAAGAAGUGUCCGUACAAAUACAUAAUGCACAAGCCAGAGAAAAAGAUCAGGGUAUGGCACAAUCAGAUGAUCAUACAGAUAAUGUCAGGUUUACUUAUCGACUCCAGAUACUAGUUAACCGAGUGCCGAAAGAUAAAUUGAUAAUGUUUAGAGCUCACCGAAAUAAGACAAGCACAUUUUGGAUGUGGGCCUGAGUGUGGGUGUACGUUUGAGUGUGGUUUUCAUUCUUUGCUUUAUCCACACCAAUCAUCCACCCACACCCACAAUUUUUACUGCUACCCAACCAACGUUUUCUAGACUAGAAUUUUCCAAAACAUAUGCAUUUAUUUCUUCACCCGAUAUUUUCACUUGCGUACUAUCAUUUAUAAUAUUAAGCACCAACAUUGAGUAGUUAAUAGAUAUCUAUAAGGAGAAUCAUCAAGUAGGUAAUCUAAAUUGAUGAAGAUCACCAUGGAGUAGAUAAUUAAUAUGCAUGAGGAUCAGCAAUAGGUGAGUCAUUUGUAUCAUCGAGGGCCAACAUUAAUCUUUGAUCUGCGACAGACAAACACACAAACACGUUUUAUUUCAUAUGACCUCCCUUUAUUCGAAGGGGAAAAGUCAGAUUUUUGCUGAAAUUUUUAUAUUCUUUCGAAAAUCCCUUUUGAGGUUUUGUACGAAACCUUAGAAAAACGGAAUGUGUAGGGACAGAGAAGAUGUCGUGCCCACACCCUCAGUUUAACUAUUAUUUACAAAGUCUCUUCGUUUUAUAAUAUCUUCUA